CCUACCGCGCGCGUCAUCGCAUUAAGCGCGUGUUUGAAAUGUUAGACCUGCCAGGAUAUUUUAUUUCGGUGUCAAGAAGCAAAAGCUGGGACACAGGCGGUACCACUUUACGUUACUUGAUGAGGUCUGCCAGGUGCUUUUCAGGUCUGAAUUGACUUCAUCAGCAUCAACGCAGUGAGACGGGCAGAAAUAGAAGAACUGUUGUCCCGUGGCUGAUUGAAGUAACUGCAAUGGAUUUGAAUGAUUUUCAUGAUAUAACGAUAACCAUGACAGGAACAGUGCUGUCAAGCCUCAUACAUGAGAACUUACAGCCUGGUGGUGAGAAGGAGGGUUUCCUAUUGGGGAAGUCAACAGUGGAGGAGGUGCAGGUGAACAAUGAUUACCAUAGCAAUGUUCCAUGUCAGCAGAAGCGAAUUGUCCUGACCGACUUCUGGUCUUCUGGCCGUGUAGGCGAGUUCUAUACGGGUGCUGGCCGGCUGGAACCGGACAAGUUGACCGCCCUCUUCGAGAAUGAUCAGCAGGGUCCGGUCCCGGUGGUGGGCUGGUACCGGUUUCGGCGGCGCGCGCCGGCCCGGCCCAGUCUGCGGGAGCGCGUCCUCCACCGGCAGCUGAGUCAACGGUGCGGCAACGGCGACGGCGCCAGCUUCCUCUUCCUCCUGAUGGCGGAGAACCUGGUGGAUGAUGUGGUGCAACACGACCAAGUAGCGCUCGUCACAAGGGACAGUCGGCUGACCCCGGUGCGGCUGGAGGUGGCCAACGUGGGCGAGAGCGGCGGCGGCGAGUACCGCGCCGCGCCCUUCUCCUCGCUGGGCCUGCUGCUGCCGGGCGCCGCCGCCCAGUCCCAGAGCGCCGCCCGCGCCGAUAACGCCGCCAUGGCCGCCGCGCUCGCCGCCCAGAGCGGGGCCCACGAGCGGCUGCGUGUACUGCUCGAGCGGCUGGUGGCCUCCGAGACCGACACGGCCGCCGCCUGGCGGGAGGUGGUCCGAACUGCGCGGCCGACUGGCGCCACCGGCACCGCCACCGCAGCCGCUCUGACAUCGGCUCGGUGGACCGGGUUUUCGCGCGUCGAAAGGCGUGAUGCAAGAAGAACAUGGCUCCAGGCGCAGAGAGCGACACUGGGUCGGUGUGAUAGCUCGUGGUAGGUCUGCACUGCACUGGCUCUCCUCACCUACCUUGUUACGGACCAGCGUUGAUUCGAGCGCCUGUAGGAUUUGUGACGUUGCAAGGGCCUUGCAGUGAAGAUCGUUCUCCUGAAUGUGAAUAGCAUUGCCAGCUCUCAUGUGUGCAUUCGGACAACCACUCAUCUUGUGCAUUCGGACGUUGUUGUACUUGUGGAAUAUACUUCAUGUGUUGAAGAUGCAGCACAUGAUCAUGUUGGCUU